AUGGAGCAGGAGCCAGUUAUGCCACAUCUAGAUGGUAACACGAUCAUUGUUGAUGGUUGUCCUGUCGUUGGCAAGGCGAAAGCGGAUCUCCUAAAAAAUGUUUUGCUGAAAAAAUUCUCCGCCAUUGGCGAGAUUAUUUACAGUAACUUGCCAAUGAACGACACUGAACAGACGUCUGGGUACAUGUUUUUGACGUACGCCACUCCCGAAUUGGCAACAAAAGCUGUUAAGGAGAUGAACAAUCUUGCCCUCGACAAAGCGCACACACUUCUGGUCACCAGCCUGUCCGACUACAGUAAAUCGAUAAAUGUUGGCAAACAUUGGAAUCCUCCGGAAAAAAAGCCUUACCAUGAUGUGGGUAAUCUGCGCAGUUGGCUACUAAAUGAGUUUGCUCGUAACCAAUUCGCACUCCUUCAUCAAAACGGAGACAAGUGCUCCAUUUUCUGGCACACCAAUUCCGAGGAGAUUCGCAUUGAGGAGCGCGAUGACUGGUCCGAAGGCUGGAUUCACUGGUCUCCGCAUGGCACAUACCUUGCCACUAUGCAUUCUCAGGGUGUAAUCCUUUGGGGCGGUGAUAAAUUUGAGCGAGUGGCUAGAUUUGCGCAUCGAGAUGUUGGGAUGCUCGACUUCUCACCUAAUGAGAAGUUCAUGGUGACCCUGAGCCAAAACGCCGAGGCCCGAGAGAAACAGAACCAUUCUUUGUGUGACAUGAUCAUUUGGGACGUGCGUAAGGGCACGCCCUGUCGAAAUUUUUCCGGUUCUAUUAACUCCUGGCCUACCUUUAAGUGGUCCCACGAUGAUGCCUACGUAGCCACAUUACAGGGAGGGAAAAUAUACAUCUACGAGACCGAGUCUUUCCGGUUGAUCGACAAGAAACCCCUUGCGAUGCCCGUCUCCAUCUAUGACUUUGCUUGGUCCCCGACAGAAAACAUAAUUUCCUUUUGGACACCGGAGACCAACAACACGCCUGCAAGAGUUGCGCUCAUGUCUAUCCCUUCACGAAAAGAGUUAUGCACCAAGAACCUCUUUUCCGUAGCCGAAAUUCAGCUAAUUUGGCAUCCGCAGGGUGAUUUCCUUUGCGUUCAGGUUCUUCGUUGCAACAAAAAGAAAAUCGAAGGUGGUCAAGUAAAGUACCUCGGCACCUUCGUCAACUUCGAACUUGUGCGCAUGCGGGAGAAACUCUACCCAAUUGAUCAGGUUUCUGUGAAGGACGCUGCCACGGUAACCUGCUUCGCUUGGGAGCCCACGGGUAAUCGUUUUGCCUACAUCGCCACCGACAGUUCUGGAAAGAUCACUAUUCCGCUCUAUGAGCUUACAAAGUCUGGCAAGGUCGGAGAAGUAUCCAUCUUCGACAGGGGCAACUCACGUAUUAAUGAGCUGCGCUGGUCACCCAAAGGUGGCACCUUUGUCAUUGCCAGCCUUCGAACAGCCGACGCCACCAUCGAGUUUAUCGACGCUAACGACUGUCAAUCGGUCGCGAAGGUAGACCACGCUAUGGCGAGCGAACUGCACUGGGACGGGACGGGCCGUUACCUGGCUUCUGUGGUGAGCUGGUUUAAGCACAAGUCGGACAACGCUGUCUGGUUCUGGAAUUCUGUCGGACGUCCCCUUUACCACAAACAAGUUACCGGCCUCCACAUUUUCGCAUGGCGACCUUUCCCACCCUCCCUCCUCACGCCUGAGCAAAUUCAAUCAAUUAAGAAGACCUUGGCCAGUAAGUACUCGGCGCAGUUUGAUGCUGAGGACAAGAUGCUUGCUUCCAAGGCUAGUCGGGAGGUGAUCGAGCGCCGUCAAGUGCUUGCCUCCGAGUUCAAUGUCUGGCGGACAAGUCUCCUGUCUCGGUACUCCGCUGAUAAGGCUAAACGCGACAAACUCCGGGGAGUCGAUACUGACAAGGAGGUGGGCGAAGAGACAGAGGAAGAACUCGAGUUCCUCGUCAAAACAUCUAGAGAAGUGGUCAGGCGCGAAUCGUAG